CCCGCCCCCUCCCUUCGGAGCGGCGCGUGGCCCGACUGGCUGCUCCCAGAGCUGCCCGCGCGACGGUCCGGGUCGGCGGUUGGUUCGCGCCUCAGACGGUUCCCCCGCCACAGGCACGAGCGCUGCGCUCGCCUCCCUCCCCCAUGAGCCCCGAGGAGAAGCCCCCGCCCAGCCGGGCCCCGCAGCCUCCCUGUGGCCGGGGCCGCCGACGGGGCGGCUUCCUGAGCGAGAUCCGCACCGCCAUCCGCACCGAGCCCUUCCAGGAGCGCUACAGCCUCAGCCCCGGCAGGGAGCUCGGCAGAGGGAAGUUUGCAGUAGUGAAGAAGUGUGUCAAGAAAGAUACAGAAAAGGAGUUUGCAGCAAAAUUCAUGCGAAAAAGAAGAAAGGGCCAAGACUGUCGAAUGGAAAUAAUUCAUGAGAUAGCUGUUCUUGAACUGGCACAAUGCAACCUUUGGGUCAUUAAUUUACAUGAGGUUUAUGAGACUGCAACAGAGAUGAUCUUAGUUCUGGAAUAUGCUGCUGGAGGUGAAAUCUUUGACCAGUGUGUGGCGGAAAGGGAAGAAGCCUUCAAAGAAAAAGAUGUUAAGCGGUUAAUGAGGCAAAUUUUAGAAGGAGUUUCGUUUUUACACAGAAAUAAUGUGGUACAUCUUGACUUGAAGCCCCAGAAUAUUCUGCUAACUAAUGAAACUCCUUUGGGAGACAUUAAGAUAGUUGAUUUUGGCCUUUCCAGAAUACUGAAAAGCAGUGAAGAGUUAAGAGAAAUUAUGGGAACUCCUGAAUAUGUCGCUCCUGAAAUUCUGAGUUAUGACCCAAUCAGUACAGCAACAGACAUGUGGAGCAUUGGAGUACUAGCGUAUGUCAUGCUAACAGGGAUAUCGCCUUUCUUAGGAGAUGAUAAACAGGAAACAUUCUUAAAUAUAGCACAAAUGAACAUAAAUUAUUCCGAGGAAGAUUUUGACCUCAUAUCAGAGUCUGCUGUGGAUUUCAUCAAAACCCUUCUGGUUAAGAAACCUGAGGAACGGGCAACAGCUGAAGAAUGUCUGCAACACCACUGGCUAGCACAAAGUGAUAUUCCAGACCUUGUGUGCAGCACUAAGAGUACAGCAGAGGAGAUAAAUACUGUCAUCCAAAAAGAUGGAACUUUUGCCUCUGAAAAUUCUGUCAAUGCUGAGAGAACUGAAGAGGAUACAUUAGUGACCGAGGAACUAAUUGUAGUGGCUUCGUAUACACUGGGACAAUGUAGGCAGUCAGAAAAAGAAAAAAUAGCUGAGCAGAAAGCCAUUUCCAAACGAUUUAAAUUUGAAGAACCAUUGCUGCAAGAAAUACCAGGAGAAUUCAUUUACUGAACUGUAUGGGACCUUGUAACUAUAACUUAAAGGGAAACGUUCCUACAAAAAUGUUCAUGCCCAAGUGAAUCUCACCUUGAUAUGCAAAAAACUUUCUAAUUUGAGAAAAGGCAGUUGAGAGAACAGUGCCAAGCUUUUAAAUUCAUAGGAUGCUUAAACAAGAUUUCAAAGGUGGCUGACAGGAAUUCAACAGCAAUAAUGGCUUACUUUCAGUUAGGGAAGGUUGGAAGUUUUCACUGUACUUGAUAUUCCUUUCCCCCUCCCCCGUCCAUUUUAUCUUCAGAUAGUAGGGAAUACCUGCUAGCAGUUAAUGUUCUCGAGAAACUGAUGGUAUGAGGAGUUUCAUCAAUGACAAAAAUGCUAAGACACGUUUUUGGAUUAAUUUCCAAACACAGGAAA